AUGUGUAGGCAGGGCAGAUGGUGCAUAUGCACGUGGUUGCACCGACAAAUUCGUAAUGUGCACGUCUGGCCUAGCCACGUACUAUCGAUGUCCGAAACCUCUGAAAUAUGA